AUGGCUGCGACCCCCGCCGUAGUGCCAGAGGGCGCCGAGGUGGCGACCGUGGCUGCUGGCUGCUUCUGGGGCGUCGAGCACCUCUACGUCAAGCAUUUCGGCCACGGCAAGGGCGUCCUCGAGACUCGUGUCGGCUACAUUGGUGGCGCGACGGAUAACCCGAGUUACCGCGCCGUGUGCUCCGGGACUACUGGGCAUGCCGAGGCCACCCAAAUCAUAUUCGACCCGAAAAAGGUCUCGUACCGCGACCUCCUCCUCUUCUUUUACCGCAUGCACGACGCGACGCAAGUCGACCGCCAAGGCCCCGACACGGGCACCCAGUACCGCAGCGCCAUCUUCUUCCACACGCCCGAGCAGGAGACCGAAGCGCGCGCGGUCACCGCCGCCGUCGCCGAGCGCUGGUGGAAGAGCCCCGUCGCGACGCAGAUUAUUCCCGCCGGUCGCUGGUAUGAUGCGGAGGAGUAUCACCAGCUGUAUCUAGAUAAGAACCCGCAUGGAUACGAGUGUCCGAGCCAUUUUAUCAGGGACUUUCCGGAUCUUUGA